GAGCGUCAUCGUCUAUCCGGCUUCGCACACAAACAUGGCGGAGUCGGAGGCCGCGGUGUAUUUCGUUGUAAACAACAUUCCUGUCGGGUUACGAUCCGCGGAUUUGCGGAACUACUUUAGUCAGUUUAUUGAGAGCAAAGGCUUCCAUUGCUUCCAUUACCGUCACCGCCCGGAGGUUCGAGUCCAGACGGGGGGAUUUAAGACGACAGACGCUGGUUCCAGUGAGAGGACUGAUGCUUCCGGUGGCGAGGGCUCGUGUUGUUGUGUGGUGUCGGUUCGUUCAGAGGCAUCAGACAGAUUCGUGAAGAUGUAUUCUGGUAACCAGUGGAUCGACUCUGCUGGUAACUGGUUGAGCAGAAGGUGUCUGAUCAGGAGAGUCCGAGUAUCAGAUCAGACGGAGCCAAAUUUAUUCCCUUACAAGACGAAGGUUGAGAUGAGGCGUCACAUCGCCCAGUCACAGCAGUUCACCGCACAGGACCUCAAGGACCUCCCGGAGCUCAAUCCACCGUCUCUCAUGCCCGCUGGGAACGUCGGGACUCCGGUCUGCAUCUUCCUCGCGCUCAUCCAGUCCUGCCGCCUCCCGCCGCGACUCAUUCGCAAACUCGGGCUCGUCUUCCCGAAGACGGGCUCCAAUCGACGCUACGGCAACGUGCCUUACCAAUAUUACAACACCGCCGUCGUGACAUCUACGGAGGAGAGCGUGUUCACAGCGGAUGGGGUUGAAAUCAGAGGGCCUAAAGGUGUUGACCCACGCAGAACCUUUCAUCGCGUUUCUCCUCCACCUGUCAAUCAAGAGUCAGAGGAGGCGGAGGGUGAUGAUGAGGAGCUGUCAGGCCCUGAUGAUGACGACGACCGCUGUGAGGAGUGGGAGAGACACGAGGCUCUUUAUGAGGAUGUCACCAGCCAGGAGCGCACGAAAGAGAGAUUGUUUGAGGAGAAGAUUGAGCUGAAGUGGGAGAAGGGAGGAUCUGGACUCGUCUUCUACACAGACGCUCAGUUCUGGCACGAGGAGGAAGGAGAUUUCGACGAGCAGACAGCAGAUGAUUGGGACGUGGACAUGAGCGUUUAUUAUGACCAAGAUGGAGGUGACAUGGAUGCCAGAGAUUACGUCCGCAUGCGCUCUGAGCGGAGGCUGAGGGAGGGGCUGGACGGGCUUCCUGGACGUCAACAUAAAAUCGGAAGCUUUGAGCGGUUUACAAAGGGAGUAGGUCGGCGUUUGAUGGAGAAACAGGGAUGGAAGGAUGGCGAGGGGCUCGGAAACAGCCAGCCUGGGAUCUUUGAGGCUUUAGAGAGUGAAGGACAACAUCCGAACUGUAAGAGAGGCUUCGGGUACCAUGGAGAGAAGCUCAGCUCCUUCCUUCCACCUAAGAAAGCCAAAAAAGAAUUUCAUAUAUCAACCAUUUAUGAUCAACCCAAAGACAUUGAUAAAGGUGAUGAUCUCCUGCGGCGUCAGCCCAGCGCCAGUAUGAAGCACGGGGGCUGGCAGCCGAUGGGCACCACCAGAUGACCUCUGCUCCCAUGAUGAUUCACUCUUCUCUAGUGACAUUCACUAACGUUUUAAAAAGGCCUGCAUAUUUAUUAUCUUAAGGUGGUAUACAAAAUAACAUAUUUUUCUCAGGACGUUUCUACUUAGUUUUGUUUGUUGUGACUUUGUAUUAAAGUGUGCAAUAAACAAAGUACACCCCAGUUUUUUCUGAUUAUAA